AUGGCACCACGACUGCCCAAGUUUAUCAUUAUCCAAUCAAACUUCAACCACAGAUACUUGCACUUCGAAAAAGCCAAUCCAACUGUAGCUGAUGCCCUCCGGUUUGAUGGAGAUUACAGUUUUGGUCUCGAGACAAAGUUCGAGGUGGUUCCAGCAUCCACUGGAAAUGGACUAGUACACAUCCUGUCCCUACAAAAUAACCGGUUCUGGGAAAACUUAGGGGGCCCCGACAGCUGGAUCACUGCCACCGCCGUCAAACCUGAGGAGGACCGAUCUAGCAAGUAUUGCACGCUCUUCCAACCGGUUUACUUGGAUUACGGCAGCAGCGAGAUCGUCCGGCUUCUCCAUGUCCACACCAGCUGCUAUGUUACCUUCUUUUCGGGCACCAAUGAAAGCAACGGUUGCUUACAUUUAAGUAGGUAUACACAACCCAGUGAUCACCGCGAUCUUUGUACCAUCAUUGACUGGCAAUCAAUCGUGAUGUUGCCCAACCUUAUCAGGAUCAAGGGCGACAAUGGAAAGCAUCUCAAGGCCUACUCGGAUGGGUUUAUGGAUUAUAAUAAUGACGUCGCUAAUUCGCCAGAUUUCGAGUAUGAGGUGUUUCCAAGUCGCAACGGAGGCAUCAGCCUGAAGAGUAUCCAAUACGGCAAAUAUUGGAAGCUUGACGAUAAUUCGUCAUGGGUGUUUGCAAAUGGGUCUCCCACGACAGACCACGACAUCAAGACUGUAUUUAUACCUAUCAAGCUUGACGACAACACUAUUGCUCUUCGGAGUUUGGAGAACAAUUCUUUCUGCGCGAGACGCACGGCGGAUAGCAAGGCCAACUGCCUCGCCACCCUGUUUACUUAUGUCGACGAGUAUGCUCCAAUGGUCAUUGAGGAGCCCGUUUUGUCAAGGACUAUCGAUAAUGUCAUUUAUCACCUUACUGAUGCAAGGAUUUACGACGAGCAUGUUCUUGCACUUGUGAAUGAGGAGACUAGGAACAAAAAACAACAACAUCAUGACACGGCUAAAUUGAAUCUCAAGCGUACAGAAACCUAUACUAGGAAAUGGACCGCAAGCGUGUCGCUGGGAAUUGGUAUCAAGACGAGUAUAAGCGUCGGUGUCCCAACAGUGGUGGGUGCUAAGAUUGAGACUUCCUUCGAGUUUAAGAGUUCGUAUCAAUGGGGAGAAAGGAAUGAAGAUAAACUUGAAGUGGGAUCUGAGUAUACAGUCGAUGUGCCUCCUAUGAGUGGAGUUAAGGUGAGUCUGAUGGCAACACGGGCCUCAUGCGAUAUACCCUUCUCGUACACUCAGCACGACAUCUUGACAAAUGGAGCCGCAAAAGUUUACCAUAAGAGUGAUGGCUUAUUUAAGGGGAGCAACGCCUACAACUACAGGUACGAGAGUGCUCCGCUUGAUCUCGAAUAA